CUCUACGUUGGGCCGUCGCCAGUCCGGCCCAGUGCGCAGGCGCGGGAAAGUUGAACUAAUAGAAGUUUAACAAGUUCAGUGAAGGAGGCGGCGGGGCCCGGGGUCCGGGCCCGGGGCCAGCCCCCUCUCUCACAGGUGCCCCCAUGGCAGGCUCGGAAGAGCUGGGGCUCCGGGAGGACACGCUGAGGGUCCUAGCUGCCUUCCUUAAGCGGGGUGAGGCUGCCGGGUCCCCCAUUCCAACCCCACCCAGGAGCCCUGCCCAGGAGGAGCCAACAGACUUCCUGAGCCGCCUUCGAAGAUGCUUUCCUUGCUCUUUGGGUCGAGGAGCAGUUCCCCCUGAGUCCCCUCGGCCUUGCUCCCUGCCCCUUCGCCCCUGUUAUGGUUCGCAGCCUGGCCCAGCCACUCCAGACUUCUAUGCCCUCGUGGCCCAGCGGCUGGAACAGCUGGUCCAAGAGCAACUGAGAUCCCCACCUAGCCCAGAGGUACAGGGUCCCCCACCCACUGAAAAGGAAGCCCUGCUGCGGAGGCUGGUGGCCUUGCUGGAGGAGGAGGCAGAAGCCAUCAACCAGAAGCUGGCCUCGGACCCUGCCCUGCGCCGCAAGCUGGCCCGCCUCUCUGCUGGCUCCUUCGCCCGCCUAGUGGAGCUGUUCUCCAGCCGGGAGGGCAGCCCCUGCCCCAGCCGCGCACGCCCCUCCUUGGGGUGCCCCGGGCCCCCGCCGCCUUCCCCGGAGCCCCUGGCCCGCCUGGCCCUGGCCAUGGAGCUGAGCCGGCGCGUGGCCUGGUUGGGGGGCACCCUGGCCGGACUCAGCGUCGAGCACGUGCACAGCUUCACGCCCUGGAUCCAGGCCCAGGGGGGCUGGGAGGGCAUCCUGGCCAGUUCCCCCGUGGACUUGAACUUGCCCCUGGACUAGACCUUCCUCCGCAGCUGUUACAGGAUUGGACGUCAGGCGCCGGGCUCGGUGCGUGCUUCUCAAGCCUUCCUGUUGUGCUCAGGGCUGUGAGUGGUGGCUGCCCACCCUGCUUUUGCCAAAAAGAAAUUGUUCAAAUUUUCUUCCUAUUAAAAACUUGUUCAAGUGUUUAA